UUCGCUCUUUCUUCAAUGGAGGAUUCAGAGGAGGAGGAGCUUCUGAAUCUCACUCUUUCAGUUGCUGCUGGUAGGGAGAGGAAGAAGAAAGGAAGGAAAAGGGAUAUUAGUAAUAAUGUUAAUUCUAUUAUUAUGAACUCCAAUGAAGGCUAUGAAGGGAAGAUCUUUAGGCUCCUCCAAAUGAGGGAGUUGAUGCUAAGACAAGACCACAGAAGAAAAGGAGUGGUUGAAGAUGGGAAUGGCCUUCCUUUGAUUCAUUUGCUUCUCUCAACUGCAACUUCUGUUGAUGAAAGAAGCCUAGGUGCAGCUCUAGAGAGCCUCAUUGACUUGUACCAAACGGUUUCCCUAAGAGGUGACUCGGUUCAACGUGUUGUGGCCUAUUUUGCUGAUGGUUUGGCUGCAAGGCUUCUCACAAAGAAGUCUCCAUUCUAUGAUAUGCUCAUGGAGGAACCAACAUGUGAGGAAGAGUUUCUUGCAUUCACUGAUCUCUAUAGGGUCUCACCCUAUUACCAAUUUGCUCAUUUCACAGCAAAUCAGGCUAUUUUGGAGGCCUAUGAGGAGGAGGAAGAGAGGAACAACAAAGCACUACAUGUGAUUGACUUUGAUGUGUCCUAUGGCUUCCAAUGGCCUUCUCUCAUUCAAUCACUUUCUGAAAAGGCAACAAGUGGCAACAGAAUAUCCCUCAGGAUCACAGGUUUUGGUAACAACAUGAAGGAGCUGCAAGAAACUGAGGCCAGAUUGGUCAGCUUCUCAAAGGGGUUUGGAAACCACCUUGUGUUUGAAUUCCAAGGCCUGCUGAGAGGCUCAUCAAGGGUCAUCAACCUGAGGAAAAGGAAAAAUGAAACUGUGGCAGUGAACCUUGUUUCUUAUUUGAACACUUUGAGUGGUUCCAUGAAGGUUUCUGACACAUUGGGAUUUGUUCAUUCUCUUAGCCCCUCUAUUGUGGUUUUGGUGAAACAAGAAGGUAGCAGGAGUCUCAAGACCUUCUUGUCAAGGUUCACCGAGUCCUUGCACUACUUUGCAGCCAUGUUUGAUUCACUUGAUGAUUGCUUGCCACUUGAGAGCACUGAGAGGUUGAGGAUUGAGAAGAAGCUUUUGGGGAAAGAGAUCAAAAGCAUGCUCAACUAUGACAUGGAGGGUGUUGAUUGCCCCAAAUAUGAGAGGAUGGAGACAUGGAAAGCAAGAAUGGAGAAUCAUGGGUUUGUGGGAAGAAAAAUAAGCUCAAAGUGUGUGAUCCAAGCAAAGCUUCUUCUGAAGAUGAGGACUCAUUAUUAUCCUCUACAGUUUGAGGAAGAGGGUGGUGGGGGUUUCAGAGUUUCUGAAAGGGAUGAAGGAAGAGUUAUCUCUUUGGGGUGGCAAAAUAGGUAUCUUCUUAGCGUCUCAGCAUGGCAAUCACUUUGACAGAGUAGAUACUUCUUCAUUCCUAGUUCCUAACUUUCAUCAUUUUGGUAAAAAUAAUCUGCACUCAGAAUGAUGAUUAUUUUGACUUAUAUUUUACUAGAUUUCUUUGGCUAAUAUAUGUUAACGUUGUAGACCAAAAAAUAUGUAGAGCUUUUAGUACUUGGUAGAUUGUCUAAGUAAUUAUUAUGGUAAAUAGAUGAAGAAUGUCAAAUGAAGUUAUCUUUCUUCCCUUCCUCAUUGGUUCAAUACGAAGAACCCUAAUUUAAUUUUACCUUGUUUUUUCUUC